UUCAAUUAUGUGUUUUCUUUCAGACAAAAUAAAAUGUUAGAAGCAAAUGUAUAAUGUCUGGAUUACUUGUCUGUUUCCGAACAAUACGACGACGAUUUUUAUUCCUUAUCCUACUGAGUUCUAUAGCUGUAUUCCUACUUGGGAAACUGGUCUGGGUGGAGUGUUUUUUCUGCUACAGUGAGGAAGAAUCGAAUAUUUUGCAUCUGCGGAAAUUGAAUCAACCCUUCAACUGGGAAUCGGACCAAGUAACUGUGCAAGGAUCUAAUACCAGCGACUUUAUUCCCACUACCUGUCGUAACUCUUUGCAGGGAAAAGCAAUUAUUGUCGACGAUAAAGGGUAUUUAUGCUCCCGUGAAGAACUAUUAGGAUCUGGGUGCUGUAACAUAAACACAAGUCUUGGUCGAUUUCUUUGCGAGUCUUGUGAUCCAAAGAUUGAGUGCUGUAUUGAGUAUGAGUACUGUAUUAGCUGUUGUUUACGCCGCGAACAGAAACCAGUUCUACAAGAGUUCUUGCAGAAUGCGGCAGACAACAAUAAUGUACUGUUUGUAUCAGUUAGUGACCAUUUUGAGCUGUGCCUAGCAAAAUGCAGAACUAGCUCAUCUAGUGUUCAGCACGAAAAUACAUAUAGGAACAAAAAAAGAAAAUUUUGCUACGGGAAAGACGCACCGCCAACAGUCAGUAGCAUGGAGCCCUAGACUUAUAAUAAUAUCUACAUUUAACGUCACAGUAAAUGUGAACUAAAGAUUCCAAUUCUAUAGAAUUUUUAACUUUUUGUUUUAAUUUAG